AUGAACUUGGUGCCGACAGGAGAUGCAGUCGAGCUGAAAGGCCACACGCUCGUCUUGCCCGGAUGUGGAGGCAUAGCCCACCUUGGAGAGUUGGCGGUGGACGCUUUGAUCUCCAGCUUUGACCUCCAGCGGGUAGCGAUUGUGCAGCAUCGGCACAUCCUCCCUGUGGCCAUGGCCAAUGCCUUCGAAGGGAAAGUUCCUGCCAUCACGACAGCUGCAGAGCUCUACCAGGCCCCGAGCAUGCCAAUGCUGUCGAUGCUUCAACUUCGAUCGGGGGCAGCGGAGGGAAAGCGCCAGACGCUUGCAAAGGAGCUGCUCCGCUGGGCUCAGGAUGCAGGAGUCUCCCAAAUUCUGAUCCUGGCACCGUGUUCUGCACAUGUAAAGCGCGACGCAGACCUCAGGGCAGCGUCGCAACUGCGCGUGCUGGCCUCUCCGGCGUCCGACCUUCCCGCACAGCUUCUACCGCUGGGGCAUGAGAUGAGUGAGGUAGAGCUCGCUGGUUUGCCCGGGAGCGCGGCUGCCGCGCGGGCGCUUCUGAGAGGCAGCGGGCUGGCUCGACCGCUCAUCGAGGCGGCGGCAGAGCCGCACUCCCCGAGCUUCUCUCCGCCAAGCCGCGUAGCCCCGAGUGUUUGUUGCAUAUGCGGCUUCACCAACGAAACCUUGGACUGGCGUCUCCCAGAAGAGAUGGUGAAGGCUGCCUGCGGCUAUCUUGGCCCUCGCCUGGGGAUGGACUGCGCUCGGCCGCUGCUGCCGCCGCCGUCCUGGCAGCUUGCACAGAAGGUGCAGAUGCAGCCACCCAUGGAGAAUCUGCAGCUGUGGAUUAACCCUGGCCUGGAGAACCUUCCCGGUGCGGUGCUUGGCCAGACCUGGGGGCAUUUUUAA